AUCGAGCAGGCAGUGUCUGCCGCGUCUACCACAACCUCUGCUGUCUCAGAGCUGGCCUUCGCCGCCACCGCCCCCACCACCGCCCCCGCCGCCAUCGCCACCGCCACCGCCGCCACCACCACCGUCACCUCCGCCGCUGCCUCCUUGGGGCCGUCCUUCUUCACCGCCCCCUUCGCCACCUCUACACUUUCAAGGCCUUCUGUCCUGGAGAAGAAGCUAUAGUCGGUCUCCCUUGUGGGCCCGGGGCACAGCCAUGGCGGACGGCGGCGGCGGCGGGGGAACGGGCGCGGUGGGCGGUGGCGGAGCGGGCCAGGCCUCUGCCGGGGCAGCGACUGGCGCUACUGGGGCCAGCGGGGGCGGUGGCCCCAUCAACCCGGCCUCGCUGCCUCCCGGCGACCCGCAGCUCAUCGCUCUCAUCGUGGAGCAGCUCAAGAGCCGGGGCCUUUUUGACAGCUUCCGCCGGGACUGCCUGGCCGACGUGGACACCAAGCCAGCUUACCAAAACCUGAGGCAGAAAGUGGAUAAUUUUGUGUCAACACAUCUGGACAAGCAGGAAUGGAAUCCUACAAUGAACAAAAACCAAUUGCGAAAUGGUCUGAGGCAGAGUGUGGUUCAGUCAGGGAUGUUGGAAGCUGGAGUAGACAGGAUUAUUUCUCAGGUGGUGGAUCCAAAACUUAACCACAUCUUCAGACCACAAAUAGAACGAGCAAUUCAUGAGUUCCUGGCGGCCCAGAAAAAAGCAGCUGUGCCAGCACCCCCUCCAGAGCCUGAAGGCCAGGACCCUCCAGCUCCAUCUCAGGACACUUCCUAAGAAUAUACCUGACACCUUUUGAAAGCUAAUUUCUGGUGAAGAAGUGGAUUGGGUUAUGUAAGAAUGCAACUUCAGACCGAAGAUAGGCCAAGGUCGUCACUGAUCUCAAGAUUUCAACCCUGACUACGGGCAGUGACCAGAUUGAAAGGGGAGCAAGUUCGGCAGUGGGAAAGUUGACCAUGUCGCCCCCUGCAUUGUGCUGCCAUUUGGCCAGCCUGUCCAAGGGCAUGACACCAAGUAGACACUACAGAGAGAAACACUACAGCGACCCAGGGUUGUCGUGAAACAGACUUUCAGACUUGAACAUGGAGACUGCGCGUGGACUUUAGGGUUUGUGUGGUGGAGUAAACGGAAGCUACAGUGAGAACAUAGCCAGUCCCAAAGACAAUUUCAGAGAACAGUGACAGUAAAGUUUAGCUGGGAGUUGUCUUUGACAGUGUUUAUUUGAUACUGUCUCUCAGAGUUUGCAAACCAGAUUGUACAAGUCAUUAGCAUCAGAUAGCUUUAAAGUUGUGACCUUCUUGUACAUGAAUCUUCUAGCCAGUUUCCUUUCCUUUGUAAUAGGUAAUAAGACAUGAAAUCCUAGAAUGUAUGAGAAGUUCAGACAUUAAGCAUAAGGAAACUCGUUUGCAGGCUGUCUGUCCAGGACUGCUUCCUGUCCUAGAGGGACCAGUGAGUCUUAGGUAUGUUUAUUUUAUCCUCACAUUUGUGUUUUUUUUAGAAGUGAAUGGUCAAUAAAUGGCUUAUCUUUCAUAAUAAAAUCAUUUGAUACUCUUACUUCGAAGCUUCAGCUGAAGCUUAGACCUCAGGUCUGUGAAGGGCAACCUUUGUGCUCUGCCUCUGUGCCAUUUCUGUGCACCACGCAUGAUCUACUGGCAGUGAACAUUGGUACAUAGAACUUAGAACUAUGAAACUAGUAGGUGUGGCUAGAAGUGGGCUGCUUCUCUCCUCCCUGAGCCAUUACUGACACUAGUCUUUAGUUGAGGUAGUGCAUGGUGUGUGUGUCAGUGUUUGUCAACCUUGAGUGUGCAGAAGGAGCACCUGGGGAUUUGGGGAAAAUGCAUUUUCCGGUUAAGACGUUCUGGGGUGGGACCUAGGAGUGUUUCUGACAAGCUGCCAGGUGAUGCUGAUGCUGCCAGGCCUCUGAACAUACUGUGUGUAAUAAGCCUUGGAUAAUAUAUCCAAGAUUAUGUCAAACUAAGAGUCUGUGGCUCUUGGUUGAGUCUACUACUGCAUAUUACUGCUAAUCUGAUCAAAAUUUUAACCAAUUCAGUUGGUUCUCUGUUAAGACAAAGGCUCCACCUCCACCUUUACCAUGAAUACCCCUAUAUUAGGACUGUAGUGCCAUAUUCAGCAAGAUGUUUGGUAGCAUGUGCCCUCAUUUUAAAGCAAACUGGCCACACGUUUAAGGCAGGCGCAAGUUAUAUCUGAAGUGUGGUCUGCUCCCACCUGGUAGGUGCAGUUCCAUUUCAAGCUGCCUUACAGUUGCAGGAGUCAACAAAGUUCUUAACCCCAGAGAAUGGGCCCUCCAGUCCUCUCUACUACGAGGCAGACAUGGAGUGGCCAGAAUUACCAGUCCUGUGCUGGCAGAAAAGCUGCUCGAACUACCUGGAGUGCCCUUUCAGGACUGCAUAGCUUUAAUGGGAAAUUCUUCUCUGUGAGGCAUCCUUCUGGGAGGGAGAUCUCCACGCAGCUGCUUUGUGUUGACCCUCCCAACAUCUUGCCUAUCCCGCACUGACCUCAACUAGCAACAAAAAGGGCAAAAGCCCAAAGAAAGCUUCACCUUUUCUGCCCCCAAAUACUCAAUUAACUGCAUUUUAUAUAUGUUUUUGGAAGACAGUUUUUGGUUCAUCUCAGUUCUCUUGCUUUGCUUUUUCUAUUACUGGAGAUGGCUGGGCCAGUUGAUGAGAAACACCCUACUUUUCACAGAAUGUUAAAUGUGCCAAAUACCAAAGAGUUUCUAUUGUUUUUUUGUUUUAAGUCAUUGUGUUAUAUCUACCAAGAGUCACCUAGAUUAGACAUUAUUUCAUUUGAAAAAAAAAAUGGAGCAGAACAUGAGAUUAUAGAAGUAACUGAGCACAUCAUUACUGUUGGGAUAGACAAUGGACUUUUUGGCUUUUAGCAACACUGAAAGGGAAGACGUGCCUAGAUUGGUUUGGGUAACCAUAUUCAGAUUGGCGUACACAAGAAGGUGAGUCAAGACAACAGCACUAGAAGGGUUGGGGGAAAGAAAGCCAGCCUCUUCCUCCUUAGGAACUGGUCCCCAGGUAAGCAUCUUUGCAUCCUCAACUGAGCUCUCAUGCUUUAAUUGUGUUCGUGAUGCAUAAUCUAGAAAAACUCUGUAUAUUCUGAGAUCCUGAGGAAGACGAGACCACCAAAAACUUCCAUCUCUUAAACACACCCUUGGUUAAUUCAUUCCUAAACAAGAAAUUAGCUGUCACUGACCUCAAGCCAGUUAGGCCUCUCUCUCUCUAGUUGGAAAAACCGCUGCUAUUUGCAAAAGCCCAGUAAAACACAGAGCUAAUACAUGAACAAAUAUUACCAACACUUGCAAGCCAAUUGCAGUCAUGAGUAUCUUCAGAGCCCCAUCAUGUAAGGUGGGGGUCAGCUGAGGCAGGAAGACGGGUAUCAUUUUGAAGCCUAGUUCUUUUCUCUGGGACGGCAUCUGUGAUUGCUACGGAGAUCCUUGCUUCUGGCACGUUUCCAGUUACUAACUUAGAUGUUUGGUAUUGCCUACUCACCUCAACCCAGUCCUGAUUGUUUUAUCUUUUGGCCUUUAGUGAGGUUUGUGGCUUCUGUAGCAAAAUUUAAGGAAUGGUUUUAUCCUGUUUCCAUCAUUUGCCUUAGCCUCUAUUUACUCAUCAGAUGGGUGGAGGGUCAAGGUGUCACCCACUAGCACAGUGAACUGAAUAAGUGCUAACAGAUCCAUUAUAACAGUGGUUCUGAACAGAUAAUCCCCAACCAGCAGCAUCAGCAUCACCCUGGGACUUGUUAGAAAUGUGGCCCCCACCCCAGACGUGGAGAUGUGGAGGGCCCUAAAAAUCACGUUUGCUUAGGAAACAUUUUAAUUCACAGUUGUGUGUGUGUCUAACAGCUCCUGAAGGGCAAGACUAGUAUGUCAUUUAAAAAGUCUCCCAUAGUCCCUUGGAAGUUCCCAGAAGAGGAGAAUCAAAUAUGGGUGCGUGCUAGAAGUCUAUUUUAGCCUUUCUGACUGCCAAAUAUAUGGUGUAUUUUCCCCACAAAAGUACUCCUCCUGCUCCAUGGAAGAUCCCAAAGUACCAUCUAGUCACUGCGUCCAACCCAAGGUUCAGGACAUCUCUACAGUGGGGACUAGGCAGCUCCUCUGUUAGACCUAAGAAUUAAAACUCAGGUUGUCUGCCCAACAUCCCACCUGAUAAGCAACAGGAAUAAUUAGAACAGGGAAGAAUGAGAAACCUUGCCGUUUCUGCCCCAUAGCAAUUCCAGAAUCCCAGUGGGCAGCCGCUGUGAGGCCACUUCACCUAGGCUGGCAGAUGUUGCUUGUUGAGGACUGGGUUCCAUUCUUUAGCAGGGGUCUCCCCAUUCCAUUGUUCUCUGUGGCCUCUUCACCCUCUGCUAGGUUCUUUCUUUUUCCAUUAUCCUCCGUUUCCAUCCUCCUCUUCGGCCACACCCAGGAGAGAUAUUCAAGAAUCUGUUAGAGGUUGUGCAGCCUUCUCAAUCCUCAUCCUCUAGGAGAUUGGAGACCCAAGGAACAUUUUUAAUUUUGAACAGAGACUUCUGGAACCUGGGCUCGUGAGUUUGUUUUGUUUUUAUCAGAAUGAGCUUCAAAAAUGUAGCAGGAAUUUUACCUGAUUGAUUCCAAUCAGUAACAUGGGCCAGAAGCCACAAUCAGUUCUUUUUUGUGACUCGGUUCUCAAAUCUGCUGUAUUUCUUCACUCCCUUACCCUUAUGCUUCUCUAGAUUUACACUUUAAAUCUAGAGUCUAGAUUUACACCUGUGGGGCCUCUGUGCAAAAAAAAAAAAAAAAAAAAAAAAA